GAACGUUGUGCACUAUGCUGCCUCCAUGGAGCUCUUUUUGGUCCUGGCUGUCAUCACACACCAUGCAUCAUCUGCUCCAGAUUUCUCUGAUAUACAGUGUCUUGUUCCCAAAUGUUGGCUUCUUGGUUCAGUCAACAACAUCUUAAUGUAAUACACAGCCAAGAAUAGCUCAUUGUGUUUAUUUACGUGUGUGUCUGUGCCUGGCUCUGCCUAACAGAGGACUCUACAAAUGCAGCAUGGCCAAACCCAAGGAUUAUCUCCACAAGAUCCUGAAAAAUCACACUGCACAUGCCUGUAAUGGAGAAACUCUGUCCAUCAGAUGCCCCACUAGAACAUCUGUGGCUGUCCUGUCAGCAUUUUAUGGACGCCGUGUUCCGAGUCAGUAUUUAUGUCCCCAUGCAAUCCCAAACACAACAGUGGAAAGUACAGACUGUAUAUCAACCACAGCCAUUCAGAAAGUGAUGUCAGAGUGUCAGGAUCGAAGGGAGUGUCAGAUUCCUGUGGUGAGUCCAGUGUUUGGUCAAGAUCCCUGCCCUGAAACCAACAAGUACAUCAUUGUCUCCUACAAGUGCAAGCCAGAGCACCAUCGCUCAAGAACGGUGUGCGAGAAUGAGAGACUGGAGCUGGCCUGUAAGAAUGACACAGUUCUGGCCAUUUACUCAGCCACAUUUGGCCACCUGGAGCAUGACAGUCUUGAGUGCCCUCAAGAGGCAAAUACAAAUCCUGACAUAGAGUGCUUGUCUCCGUCAGCCUUGAGAAGGGUGUCAAGGAAGUGUCAUGGCAGGACGAACUGCUCUGUGAUUGCUGAUGCUCAGAGUUUUGGAGACCCCUGCUUCCCUGGCACCAGGAAGCACCUGCGAGUCUCCUUCACCUGUGUACCACGGUAUCUUUUGGAAGAUGUUGGACGUGGAAAUAUAGAUCCUUUCUUGCUCUCUGAUUACACACAUGGAGGGUGGUAUAUUGGCCCCGGUGUGUCCAGGCCACAAAACAUUUUCACCAACUCUCUGGAAAUCUUUUCCCAGAUCCAGGGUCUUCCAGAGACAGUGGCUCUGUACUUUGUCUCUGGUAUAUGUGCUGGUUUGCUCUUCUUGCUGUGCUUGUUUGGUCUCAAGUCCACCCUGAUGAGAGAUCUGAAGGAUCUGGUCUCUGAGUUAGGUGAUGAGCUCAAGGCCUCCCACACAUCUCAAGGAGGACUAAUAGAUGAUUUUGAUGACGAUGAUGCCUCCUUGCGCUCUUCUUUUCGUCACCUUACAAAACGUCAUUACCGCACAGCAGACAUGUUCAGCCCAGAGAUGAUUAUGACAUUGGUGAUGGAGGAGAGAAGUGAUGAAGACAAACCUGAGAUACCAAAUGGAGACAUCUGGCCCCACAUCAACUCUAGCCCUUAUGCCAUGCACAAAAUCAAAACUUCCUCUGCUUAAGGUUGUGAUGUGAUCUUGAUGCAUAUGUUCUGCUUGGGAACAGGAAUUUGUUUUCUUUAUUAAAACAAACACUAAUUAUACUGUUAAUAUGAGUGAAAUCCUUGACAGUAAAUCUAUUACUACAAAUAACUUUAAAGAUGUGAUUAGAUUAUUCAGAUCUUAAAUGUGUAUCAAGAAUCGUUUCAAGUCACCUUCUUGUAACAUGAACAUGUUUCCUGCAUAUACUGUUUUUAUGCAGGCCAUUGUCUGAGGACAACUGAGAAUAUUGUCUCAGGCUCUGUAACAAGCGGGUCCCACUGGACCUCUAUGUAAAAACCUACUCAUUGGGCCCAGAGUGCAUUUAUUUAUGUAUUUACAUCUUUAAGUAUAAUACUGUGGCAAAAGGGUUAAUAAAAGAGUGGGGGUGCAAUCUUA